AGUCAUCAAGUUUUCACAAUCAAAUAUAUUUUACUAAAGUACGCAGCAGAAAAUUUAUAUAAAAUAAUGUUCAAGGGCAAGUGUAAUGUUCAUCCUAGAGUCACGGAAGAUGUUGUCCAUCUACGUCGCAUACCAGAACCUCCGAAAUGCAAAAUCAACUACGGCCUUAGACGUAAAAAUUCUUUAAUACAGCAGAGUGAGCAGCGCCGUACCUCCUUACCCAUUUAUACUAUACGAAAGGAAUCCCAAACCACAUGGCUAAAUACUGCCACUGAAGUUAUUGGCAUUGAAAACAAAUACAUCAACGAAAUGGGCAUGGAUAUCAAUAAUUUUUUUAAUCCCAAUUUGAAGAAAAUCAAGCAGAAUAAGUCAAAUAAAAACCAAGCAGAUGUUAAAUUGCAGUGUGUCAAGAAAACAAUAGAACCCAUGGAACGAGUCAGUGUCAAGGAUGUCUUUAAGGUUAUCGAACAACAAAGUGGAAUUAGCACCGCAAAUAAGGUAAUGGAUCGUCUAUCGUACUCUGAUAUGAAAUCACGUAGAAUUGGCAAAUCGGGAAGUGCAAAGCUAUUUUGUAAUGACAAUGUCAAAAUGAUUGACUAUAACGAAUUGAAAAAUAUUAAGUGCUCACGCGUAGUCUCGCAAACUGUAAUAAGAAAUAGAAUCACCAAGAAAAAAUCAACAGAGGAUCAAAAGAAAAAGAGAAACUCUCCACGUAGAAUACUUCUUUCUCAAUCAAAUUCUAAUCGGUCUAAAAAGACCGAAGUCUUGCUCAAACCAAUCGAAUUACGGUAUAGCGAAUCAGAUACGAUGCCAAAUGUUAGACUUGAUAGUGAGCUAGAUAAUCAAUUAUUUGAGUGUGACGAACCAAAGCAUGAAAAUGUAAAAAUUGAAGACCUUGGUCCAUCAUCAGAUGAAUAUGCAAAUUCGGUAGAUAAAACGCCAAAAGUUGUCACAGAUAUAUUGAAAGAAAAUCGGACCCAUAGUGAGCCAUUUCAGAAAACGGAAUGUGGUAAUCUUCCAGUUAUGGAGGAAAUAGAAGAGACACCAGAUUUGAUUGAACAAAAUAGUCCCACAAAAGAUCAGCAAGAUAUAUAUGAUGAAUGGUAUAAAAAACAUAUUGAGAAAUCGUUCAAUGAGAUCUAUAAACUUAAACAAAAAUUACAGGAGAAAUCCAAAAAGCAAGAGAAACCAUUGUCAGCUGUUUUACCAAAAUCUAAUCGAAGCUAUCAAAUGAGAAAGAAACAUUCCCGCAGUUAUAACGUCUGGUAUGAAAAGCAACGAUUGCCGAAACCCAUGCGUGCCAAAAUCAUCUAUCAACCCGAAAAAACUGAAAAAUUAGAGAUAAAUAUUGAUGAUUUAGUUUUUCCCGAACCCGAAUAUCUGUCAAGUUUAGUUCCCUACCAUUUGGAAACAGCAAUUGACAUGAACAUUGACCCCGAAUUGUCGAUGCGUACUUCCGCCCUUGUCGAGAGGGCUCGAGGUUUGCGUCGCGAGUAUGAGAAACGUUUACUAAUUGAAAAGUACUUGGACGCUUUACCAAAUCGUCUUAAUGAUAUUGAAGCCGAGUUUGCUAAGACAAUAUGCGAAUUUCCUAAUAAUCAGCUUCAGGAGAUAGACAAAUGUCCUUGCGGUGUGCCACUGACACACUGCAGGGCCAUAAUGCCCAGACCCAAAUGGAUUAACGAAUCGGACUCACUUACCAAAUGGCUAAUGGCUAUGCCCCCAGCAGUUUUAAUCUCGAUAUUUAUCAUAUGCAUUUUCAGCAUUUGUGUGCUGGCCAAUGGAACACAUAGACCAAUGACCACAUGGGAGUAUAUGAUGAAUGCUUUUCAACAGCCGUUUAAAAAGUCCACAAAAAAGUUUUCUUCUAAUUUCUUUUAAUAGUUGUGUUUUCUCAAAUUUUUGUUACAUAUUUUUUCAAAGGAAAACAUAAGACUACACUUUUUUAUGCAAA